AAUGCGGUUGAUUCUAAUUGUAUUUUGCAUCUUUAUUUCUACUUCUUUCAGCUCCUUCAGCUCUUUCUCCUUGUUCUCUCAGCCGUCGCUGGUCAAAGCAGGCGACGUGCGGCGUGACAAAAUGCGUGCUCAUCGCGCUAUUGUUCAUCACAUUCGUUUAUGCGUGAUGAUCUCUGGUUUCUAUUCCACUGCGGUUUGUUGAGGAUAUCAGUUAUUCUAUUCUUUUGGAUAUUCUAUCUACUUAUUGUAUUCUACAUUAUCAUCUCCUCUCCAUCUUCAUCUUGAUCUCCUUCUCAUCUACCUCAUGGCAACCAUCGACAGCUACGCCCUCCCAACUCCCUCCGCCUCGUCUCCCGCUUCACCAUCGACUCCCUCUCCCCCCAUCUCGCCCUCUCUCAUCGUCUCCUCUCCCCACCGCCGUCACUCUUCUCAGAUACCCAUCCAGCAGCUUCCUCCUCAGAUCCUCCUCCCGCUAGUCGACAGACCCGCCGAACUCUCCUCCCUCAUCGACCACAACCAGCCCUUCUUCUCCCUCCUCGAGCGCACCCUGGGCACCGCCUUCUACCGCACCCAGCUCCUCCCUCUGCUCAAGUCUCCCCGUGAAACCGUUGACGAUCUCUCAUUCCUCACCGCUGUCCGCAAAAUGCUUUGCAAAGGUGACGAGUGCUCGAACCGCAUCUGGACCGAGUUCUGCUGUGUAAUCGGCUUCGAUCCCUCCUCCACCGUCUUUCCCGACUUCUCUCGAUCCUCCUCCAGAGUCUCUCUCUCCGACCAGACUUCCUACUCUUUCUCAUCUUUUUACGACCCCAGCAAAUCCCCGAGAUCUGUUUCACUCAACUCUGCCUGCAUCAUCGAAGACGACGAGAACUAGCAGUGCCCACCCACCCACUCAUUCCAUCCACCAUCCCAACACUACACGGUCUUUGUAUUUACAAUCUACGGCGUUCCGGAGCAACUAACGUGUCUCUGUCUUCUCACACGGCUUACGACUUACGAACAACUCCUUCUCUCCUUCUUUCUUUUCUUUAAUAUCGCAUGUUUUCUGGUCUAUACACAUACACCCUCCUUUCUCUUGUACAUAUCGAAUAAACCUUCCUCGACCGUCGUCGACGUGUCGAGGUGGCGGGACGAUCCGCGCGCAGAUCCCCGAGUCCACGUCACCUUUCUGCUGUUUUGAUUAACAGAUUCCCUAUUUUUAGAGUACAAUGCCAUUUCUCUUUUUAAUCAUUGCCAUCUACUUAAAACAAAUCCAGUAAAUACAAUCAAUGUAGAA